AUGGAUCCUUCGCCAUCUCGUACAUCUAGAAGUAGAAGAGUAUUAAAAAUUGUAUAUGAUGAUCCUAAUGCAACAAAUUCUUCAUCUGAUGAAAGAAAUAAUAUUAGUGUGGAUAAGAAAACAAUAAAGAAAAGAGUUGUGCUUGAAAUUGUAUUUCCUAAGGUUCCGAGUGAUCAAAUUAUUGAUAAUGGAUUGAAAAAGAAUAAUAAGUGUGGAGCACCAAAACAUGAAGUGAACAAGAAUAAUAAUAGUUGUGGAACACAAACAUAUGAAGUGAAAGAACCGUCUUACAAAUACAAAGGUGUUCUAAUGAGACAAUGGGGUUGA